AUGUCUCGAGUUCUAAACGUCGACUGCUGGACUCUGACUCGACCAGGACUCGACUGUUGUUUCACUUCGGUCGGUAUCUCGAGUUCAGCACAUGGCGCGCAAUAUCUCAUCUCAGAUCGCAUCUUCUUUCUUGCUUUGACGCUUGGCCUCGAAAACACAAUCAUGGAUGAGUCUGUCAUCCUAGCAAACUUUGCCCGACUCAAGCCCGUCUACAAUCACAUUCUCCACCAUCUCUCCCUCCUCACCCUCACACAACUCUUUUUUCUGUCCCAGUACUGCUACGACUUCACCAUCCCUGACAUCUAUCACGAUGUCUCCCUCACCGCCUCUCUUUUUGCUUCUCUCAUGGGUGGAGGGGACAGCGCGAAGAGGACGGCACGGGCACUUUCGCAUACGCGUGUCCUCCGCUUGCCCCCUUAUGUGGUCUUGACCGGCGCCGAAACCGAUGAUUGUGGCGCUCUCACCAACCCCAUUUGUAAGCACGACAAACCAACCCCUCUUAUGCCUCUUUCCUUCCUCCCCCAGACUCCGAUCUUUGGAGGUAUCAGGUACCUGAUGAUCUCAGCAUCCAGUGGUGAUCAGGCCUGCUCUGAGGUGACAGCUGAAGUAAUGUUGUGA